UAUACUCUGUGGUAAUUUGUAUCAGUAAACCGCCAUCAGCUAUUCGGAGUUUAUCAAACUAUGCAAACGCAUACAUGUGCAUUCUCUCUGCUGUUUACAGUGUCCUGAUUUAAGUUCUUGUUCCUGGUUAUAAUCUUAGGAAUAAGGACCAAAAUGCCGAUCCAGUUGUACUACUUCCAACUCAGAGGCCGGGCCCAGGCCAUCCGCUACCUGCUAAUCGACAAUGGGCUUGAGUAUGAGGAGAUCAAUGUUGGACCCGAAUGGGCUACGAAAUGGAAAGCUGAAACCCCGUUCGGCCAAUGUCCGAUGAUAAAAGACGGCGACUUGAAGCUAGCCCAGUCAUGUGCCAUCCUUAGAUAUUUUGGAAGAAAAGCCGGUAUCGAUCCCAGCGACCUUGUGUCCGCCGCCCGUGUUGACAUGAUCAACGACCAUGAGGAAGACAUCAGAAAUGCCUAUGUCAAACUCAUCUACCAAAACUAUGAUGCUGGGAAAGCGGACUUCGUAAAAGACGCUGCUGCAAAGGUCAAGUUCUUAGAGGACUUGUUCAAAGCAGGAGGGAACGAGUUUAUUCUUUCAAAGAUAUCUUGGGCCGACUACAACCUGUUUGAUCUUCUAGACAUACUGUGUAUUCUCUCCCCUGGUUUUCUGGACCAGUCACCAUCGCUGAAGGCCUACUAUGAUCGCAUAGCUGCCAGACCGGCCAUCAAAGCGUUCCGAGAGUCGGACAGAAAUAUGAAGGCUGUAAACGGCAAUGGAAAACAGUAGACUGACAAUAAGGGGCUUUAUUUAAAGGCAUUGUUAGCGAACAAUAAAGCAUAUGCAUAUCCUGAAUAAGAAUAUAAAUAUUAUUAAUACGUAAAUAUGAAAUGAAUGACACAAUUAUAA